AUGAGUGGCACACCCGAGAAAGACCCACUGCCAGAGAUAGAGGAAGCUGCACGCAGCUCAGGCAAAGAUUGCGGUGAUGGCGGCAAGAGCCGCCGAAGUAAGCCCAAAGCCGGUGCCAAGGGUAAAGGCGAAGGGGGCAAGGGCAGCGGUGGCGGCAAGGGUGGCAAGGGCGGCGGUAGCAAGGGCGGGGGUGGCAAAGGCAAAGGCAGCAAGGGCGGCUCGAACUGGGAUGCUGCCCAGCUGCGCAACUUGGACAGGCCGCAGCUAACCUUGGAGGAUCUGCAGCGGGUGAGGCCCCAGCGUUGUGUGGAGGCCUUCUCGCAUCUCACAGUCUGCUCUGACUGGCCGGAAGCCGGCAAGUCAGUACCCAGGUCUGGUUCGGCUUUCUACUUGCCGCUCAUUUGGACAGCGCUGCUCCCACCUCCUGGAGCUUCCGCAGCAGAAGUCGAAGCUUCACCUGCUGUAGCACAGUUACACAGCCUUGGUGAUGACCGGCACUUCCAUGGCGGAAGUGUGCGCCGCGCUUCGCUGGCUGAUGUUCACCAGGGCCAAGCCUUCUGGAGACAGGUUUUCUCUGGCUGGGAUGACUGGGUGCAGCGCUUACGGAUAGCAAUGGCUACUUUCCGAGCUCCUGAUGGCAAGUCUGGUCUUGAGGCGCUGGUGUCCAACCAUGUGAAGACCGUCUCUGUCACUGCCGGCGCUGUUGUCUAUGGUGACUUGCAUGUGUUGGGCGCGCUUCCUCACAUCAGCAAUGCGCGCAAAAAUCCAGAUCAAGAUGCAAUCUUGGAGCUGGACCUAAUGUUGCGGAUGGAGGUGGAAGCUUCAGUCCAUACUCUGUACGUGGCGUCAUGA